ACCAUACUACGCAUUGCAUACGUACAGGCUACGCAAUUUAUCGCCGAUCCUGGGGAGUCUUCAGAACUGAAUUUGGCUUUGAUUUCAUUUUAUGACAUCAUAAUAAUGGCUUUAUCUUCCACAACACAAUUUUCAGCCAUUGAUCAAGCAUGUGAGGCAGGGGAACAGUUCUACAAGGUGUUUUAUGAAAACUUUGACAAGAAGAGAACACUCCUGGGUAAGCUAUACUUGGAGAGUGCCACCAUGGUUUGGAAUGGCAAUCCGGUAUCAGGGUCGGCUGAGAUCACAAAGUUCUUUGAUAAACUACCGGUCUCGGAGCAUCGAGUGGACACGCUGGACUGUCAGCCUAUUCCAACUGAGGUAACAGACAACCAGACAUCGGUUCUCGUCAUAACAAGUGGGAAAGUCAAAUUCGAUGGAAAAGGAAAUUUUCCUUUUGCUCAAAACUUUGUCCUCACACAGACACCGAAUGGAGUUUGGAAAGUUGCAAGUAGUUCCUUCAGGUAUGAAGAAUGACAUUGGAAAGAGACUUGUGACGUUACACCUUGAUCAGACUGUAAGAUGUAUCUGAUGCUGUUGCUUUAGUGCAGAAAUCCGCAAGUUUAAUCUUGACUUGGCUCUUAUCCAUCAGAUGUUGACAUUUCAUCAGGAGUUAAUGAAACAAUGAGCCAUUGCCAUCAGAGAAGUCAAGACUGUUGGAUGGAUUAUUGGUGCUAUGUCUACAUAUCUCUGACAAGUUACAAGGAAGGAGUGGAUUUGAUGGCAUACAUGUCAGCAUUCAUCAUUAACUGUGGAUGACCAUGUGUUUUUGAAGUCUGUUGUUGAUGAUCCAGGCCCUGUAGAAUAAAGCCGAAGGCCACCGCACACCUUACGAUUGGUCUGCAACCCAAUUUUGGAAUAAGAUAGUAGACUUUGAUGAUUGUAUUGAGACAUAGAAUAUCGUACUAUGUAAUUUCAAAAUCAUUGUACGAAUACUGAUGUUCAAAUCUGUUAUAGCGAUCAUAUGAUUGGCUGCGAUUUGAAACUAGCUUGGCCUUUACGCAAAAAUAAAGGCUUCCAAUCAUCCAAAUUUGUUAUAUUAGUAUUCUUACUGUUAAUUUUAAACUUAAGUAAAAAGAUACACAUUUUCAGACAAAUAGCAAAAUGCGAUUUGUUUCAAAAAUGAAUUGGGAGGUCAGUCUUAAGGUGUGCGGCGGCCUUUAGUGAUUAUGGGGCUGAUCUCUAUGAUUGAUUGCAUUGAUUAUUGUGUAUGAUCAGUUGUAAAAAUCAGCUCGCUGCUCCAUGAUCAAUUACUAAGCUUUAUGAUACAUGACCUCAGACAAUAAAAGCACACAAACUCUCACUGAUUUCAGGCAAGGGAAGUUACCGGUACUGUUUUCAACAUUCCUAUACUUUUUUUCUGCUUUUGUACUUAUUUUUGCAGUAUCUUUAAAUCAUAAAUGCCAGUAUUUGUACAAUUGAUAUGUACUGAGACAAAUAUUUGACAUGUUUAAGGUUUAAUAUUAAAAAAAAAAAAAAUGUGCAGAUGUUUUUUAUCUAACACCCAAUUUUCUUGUGAAAUUGCACGUUCAUCCAGAAAAAAUGUAUUUUUACUGGAAAUACUCCUUAUCACAUUUGUUUUAACUUUCAGACAUACACACUCAUAUAAUCUAGAAAUAAAUUUGAGUUGUAAUAUGCACUGUUUGGGCUUACUAAAACUUUCCUUGUUCUUUCCAGGGCCCUGUAACACGAAGCAUAGUGAUUGAUCUUGGGCACACUUUUAUGAUUGAUCAUACACAAUAAUCAUGCAAUAGAUUGUAGAAUCAGCCCUACAAGCAAUCACGAAGUUUAAUAAAUAGGGUUGUGAAUCUAGUGUAAGAGAACUGUUACUGACCAAACUUCACCAACGAUAAAUCGUUAAAGCUGGUGUACAUUUAGAGCACAGCGGCCAGGAACACAAAGCUUAGCAAUGGUCAAUUACAGGAAUUGAAUAAUAAAACAAACUUGCGCAGCUACAAGAAAUCACUCAAAGAAAUUUGGCAUUGUAUGAAAAGUCAUGAACAAUUUAUUAAAUGUUUUAUCGUGUUUUCAUAUAAACACAUUGUAGUUUACAUUUGUUUAGCAUUCAAGGGAAAAGUAAAAUCGUGAAGGAUGUUGCAAAGUUAUAAUGUCGAAAUGACAAAGAAUAAAUGAAUGAUGAUGAUUGUGGUGAUAUUGGUGUGAUGGUAAUGACAAUGAUGAUGAUGGCAAAGAUCAAAAUUGUUAUGAUGAUAUGUCUGUUGAAAAUGAUGAUUAUGAUGGUGAUAAUUAUGAUCAUGGACGACAGAGCACAGGAUUAUCGUUUGUUCAUGGGGUGGGGGGACAUCUAUGUCGCGCCACCCCCCCCCCCUACAAACGAUAAUCCUGUGCUCUGACACCCAUGAUGAAAAUGAAGAUUGUGAUAAUGAUAAUGGUGUAGAUGAUGGUGAAGAUCAUGUAGGCAAUGAUGAUGAUACUAAUUUUCAAAUGAAAGAAGAAAAGGGAAGAUACAAUGCCUACACAGUACAAUUGCAAAGAGAAAUAAAUCGUUCACUCUUGACUGAAUCAAAACCUAGACCAGUCACAUUCCAUUGAUCACUGGUACACAUGAAAAUUCAACCAACAUAUAAAAUGAACUAGCUAAAGACAAUUCCUAAGCAAGAAAGAAGUUCAUGACCCAAAAAACAAAAAAGCUGUCAUAGUACCAACAAAUGGAAAUUGCUUGAAGGACAAGCAAAUUCUUGACUUUGGUUUCCUAGUGAUAUUGUGAGGAGCAACUAUGUAUAUAAUAAAUUCUUCCAGUAUGAUUGCACCACAAUGAAUCACAAAAUGGAGAAUGGCAAUAAAACAUAUAAGCUGAAUAUCAUGGAAUUGGAACAAUGGGAUGCCAGAUAUAUAUUUUUUUACAACUUGAUAAUUAUUUCCCAAAAUAGGGGAGAUAAUUUAACCAAUGAAAAUCAAUGAGAAUAAAGAAAAGUAUGCCCCCCCAAAAAGAAACGGGCAAAGAAAUACAGCACCCCCCAACAAUAGUUUCUUUUCUGUACUGGGGAGAAAAAUAUAAAUAUAUAUUGUUCAUCCCCCAUCCUUUUCAUUUUCAAUUAUCUCUUGACAGUAUGCUGGUACAUAUAACAUUCACCAAUAUCCUGAAUUCAUGUGGCUCAUAAUACAUGCGCCAUCAACGUUGAUUAUCUUAAAAGGUUUGUCAGUCGACAAAUUAUCCCAAAGACAAAUAAGAUACCAUAGGCUGAAAGUGAAAACAAAAGAUUUAACCGAACAAAGAAUCCCAAGUGCAUAGAUGAAUAAGGAAAAAUCAUUUGAACUAUAAUUAACAUCCCAAGGGGCCAUUUCAUAAAACUGUUCGUAAACGACUGGUGAUCUUUUCUUGUGGUAAAUGAUAUUCAUCAAUAAAUGUUCAUUGGUGAUUAUUUAGCGUGUAAGAAAGGUUCACCAGCCAUUCUUAAAGUCGGUCGGUCUCAACUUACGUACAGCUUUAUGAAACACCCACCCAGAAACCUAGUAUUUAAAUGAUAAGAAGCACUUUGUCUUAAAACUUACGGUUAUUCUGACAUCAAAAUGCUAAACAGAAUACGCUAAGCUUUUCCAGUUUUACAGAUGAAAAUGGGAGUCCUAUACAUAUAUUUUGUUGCAUGGAACAGCAA